AGACUGUUAAUGUACCUAGUGUUAUUCAUAUAUAGAUAAACAAUUGUUUUAUAUACAAUGACGUCUGCUCCUACUGCAAAUAAUCCGUCCCAGUUGCUACCAUUCGAGUUGAUUGAUAAAUGCAUUGGAUCGAAGAUUCACAUUAUUAUGAAGACAGAUCGUGAGAUUGUUGGAACUUUUUUAGGUUUUGACGACUUUGUAAAUGUCGUUUUAGAAGAUGUCACAGAAUUUGAGAAUACUCCAGAGGGCCGAAGGGUAACCAAGUUAGAUCAAAUAUUAUUGAAUGGUAAUAAUAUUACAAUGUUAGUUCCAGGUGGUGAAGGACCCGAAAUGUGAGGGUACAGCAGAAUGGUUGGACCAUAAUACAUCAGUGUUUUGUUGUGUUUUAUACUGUGUACAUCACUUUUGCAGUGUACUUCGAUAAUAGAUAUUACAGACAUUUAUAUAUUAAAAA